AUGGGAGAGCGCAUGCAACGCCAGCCGCCGGGGUCGGUGUCGGUGGUGAGGCAUUCUUCAUGGAUCCUGUUGGCGAUACAGUACACUGCAUUUGUGUUGCUGCUGCAUUACUCUAGAAUCAUGCCACUAGAAGAUGGUAAACGAUACCUGACUUCGACCGCCGUCGUUCUGAAUGAAGUGGUGAAGCUUGCCGUUUCCCUCACCAUGGCUCUCUACGAAGUCUCUACAACCGCACCGCCGUCGAUGCCCGCGACGUCGCUUUUCUUCUCCGUUGUUAGCGCCGUCUUCUCGGGCGACAGCUGGAAGCUAGCCUUACCAGCUUGUCUGUAUACUCUUGCGAACUCGUUACAAUACAUUGGGCUUUCGAAUUUGUCAGCAGCGACGUUUCAGGUCACAUACCAGUUGAAAUUGGUUUUCGCGGCCAUUUUCAGUCUUGGACUGUUACGGAAGACAGUUCCCCUCCGCAACUGGGCAUUGCUUCUAUUGCUUCUUGUCGGUGUUGCAUUUGUGCAGCUGCAAGAUGGCGGCCCUAAGGAUGAAAGUGCGCUGGAGGAGGAAACUGCCCGCAUCGCCUUUCCCCGAUCGCUGGAAGAGUGGCGGGAGGUCCAAGCAGGUGGCAAUAUCUACAAACGUUCUGCGACAUACGAGGGUAUCGAAGAGGACAUGUUGACCGCCUUCCCACGGCUGAACGGGGCAGUUGGCUUGUUCGCCACCCUCGGUGCAUGUGCUGCGUCAGCUCUUGCGGGCGUCUACUUUGAAAAAGUGCUCAGGGAUAGCGCCAAGUCGACGUCGCCUUGGGUCCGCAAUUUGCAACUGGCUUUUUACUCUAUCUUUCCAGCUCUUUUUAUCGGAGUCGCAUUUCUGGAUGGCGAAGAUGUGGCUGCCAAUGGCUUCUUCCAGGGUUACAAUUGGGCUGUUUGGUCUACCGUCAUUGUCCAGGCAUUGGGGGGCAUUGCUACAUCUUUUAGCAUCAUUUAUGCAAACACGGUUGCGCGAAGUCUUGCGACCACGGCUAGUAUCGUUCUGAGCACCGUGGGGAGCGUUUGCUUGUUUGACUUUGAAGUCAACGGUUACUUCCUUGUGGGUACCGCCACAGUUCUUGCAGCAAUCUAUCUGUACGGGGAGCCGAGCGCGGGAUACCCCUGGCAUGCCCAGGCUAAGAUGCAGGGUGGACGCCCGCCACCAAUUCGUAUCGACUCAUAUGAGAAAGACGCCCUAGGAGAGGCAUCGCCAGUAUCUGCCCCGAACGAAAUCUCUAUUAAACUCCCAACAACACCGUUCCUGUCAGACGCUGGUCUGUCGACAUCCCGUCCUACGUCCCCGGGACAGGUGAGAGUCAGCUCCUCUCGGAACGCUAGUGGGAGCUACUUUGAUAGAAGUUCGCAUGACGCUUGA